CCACUACCCCAUACUUUGGAAAAUAUGCAUUAAUACCCCUCUUAUUUUCAAAAUAAGGUACACAUUUUUUGGGUACAAAUAACUUUAUCCAAAUUGGACACACAAAACUGCUUCUGCCACAACACACUAUCAGCCACCCACAAUUUGAUAGAGGUGGUAGAUUCGUAUCGCCGUUCCUAAAGUGAGAGGGAAGGAGCGAGAAAAGGGGCAGCCGGUGUUUACCUGUUUUUGAGCGACACCUAGGGAAUUCGACGGAAGAUCUUCUGCAACUCAUUUUGCGUCCGACAGACUUUCUUGGAAAGGAAGAACAUAAGUUCUACAAAGAUAACAUCAGUCACACAUGGCUUUUGCUAGCACACUGCUGAGGACCUUCAUACUUAAAGGUUCUCAAAGGCAAUUUUUUCCCGUUUUUGUCCGAAAACUGCCAUUCAAUACAAUCCCAUUGCUCACUUCUCUUCACUCCCACCGGCUGCGAAGCCUCUGUGGCGACGCUUCCUCGCAAUUGACUCCCCAGAUCAAGAGUGAGUUAGAAUUGGAAUCAAAUAUGCAGAGGCGGUCCAACAUUGUGGAGAUUUUGGAGGAAAGGGGUUUGCUAGAGUCUAUCACCAAUGAGAACCUUCGUUCCAUUUGCUCUGAUCCUGCUCACCCUCCCCUCAAAGUCUACUGUGGUUUUGACCCGACUGCAGAAAGUCUCCAUCUUGGAAACCUUCUUAGUCUUGUUGUUCUCGCAUGGUUCCUUCGUUGUGGCCAUAAAGUUGUCGCUCUAAUUGGCGGAGCCACCGGCCGCAUCGGUGACCCUUCCGGCAAGAGUUUAGAGCGACCCGAGCUCGAUAUUUUAAAACUGGAACAGAACAUUGCUGGAAUUUCUGCCAACAUUCAACAAGUACUACUGUCUGCAGAUUCAACCCAUCUUAAUUCGAGUAUUCAUAUUCUAGACAACUAUGACUGGUGGAAAGAUGUGAAAUAUCUUGAUUUCUUGCGCAUUGUUGGUAGGUUCGCAAGAGUUGGUACUAUGAUGUCCAAAGAAAGUGUGAAGAGGAGAUUAGAAAAUGCAGAGCAAGGAAUGAGCUAUGCAGAGUUCUCCUACCAAUUGUUGCAGGGUUAUGACUAUGUGCAUUUGUUUGAAAAUGAAGGUGUCACAGUUCAAAUUGGUGGCAGUGAUCAAUGGGGGAAUAUUACAGCAGGAACAGAUCUUAUUCGCAAGGCAAUCCGAAAAGCUUCUGAGGUUGAGGUUUCUCCUGUGGCUUAUGGCUUAACAUUUCCCCUUCUCCUCAAGAAUGAUGGGACCAAGUUUGGGAAAUCUGAAGAAGGAGCAAUAUGGCUGUCUCCUUCACUUUUAUCUCCUUACAAGUUCUAUCAGUAUUUCUUCUCUGUUCCUGAUUCUGAUGUGGUGAGGUUUCUCAAGAUUCUUACCUUUCUUAGCAUUGACGAGAUUGAUGAGAUCAAAGAUCAAAUGGUGAAGCCUGGUUAUGCUCCUAAUACCGCACAACGUAGAUUGGCAGAGGAGGUUACACGAUUUGUUCAUGGGCAGGAGGGAUUGGAUGAGGCUCUUAAGGCUACAGAAGCCUUGAGGCCCGGCAAUGCAGAUACUAGGUUGGAGUGGAAAGCCAUAGAGGGUAUUGCUGGGGAUGUUCCAUCAUGCUCAUUGCCUUAUGAUCAUGUCUUGAAUAUUUCACUUUUGGAUCUGUCGGUUUCUAGUGGUUUGCUGGAGAGUAAGUCCGCUGCACGGAGAAUCCUCAAACAAGGAGGACUGUACUUGAACAAUAUCCGGGUUGAUAAUGAUGCUAAGAAGAUUGAGGAGGACGAUAUUUUGGAUGGGAAAGUUUUGCUUUUGGCUGCAGGGAAGAAGAACAAGAUGGUUGUGAGAAUUUCCUGAUCUGCAGCAGCUGCUGCUGGUGCACUGUAAACUAUAUUUUUAUUUCAUUUGUUUGCGAAGACAAAUUUAUCAAUUUAUCAUCACCAGUAAAAUAGAUAAACCCUUUUUGCCUAGUUUUAUAGCUUGCACAAGUUUAUGUGGUUUCCAACAUCUUUAACAUUCAUUUUCUGUUGUCUUAUGCAUAACUUUUUGCUUCUACCUGAAUUGACUACUUAUGUCACCACAAAUUCUUGCUUUCAACUAGCAAUUGCAGGGUGGAGUACAUUGUGCAUCUUUUGCAUAGUUUUUGGUUCUUUCAUAGGAAAAGUUAACCUUCUAUUCAUAUUGAUUUAAUGACCAAUGCAUUACUUAAAGUUUAAAUAUCAAAGUAAUACUUCAAAAAAAAUACAGUAUUUUUUAAAAAAGUAUUACUUUUAACAUUUUAAUCAUUACAUUUGGCUACUAUGUCCUCUUGUCGUUCUACUUGAUAUUUGUGCUGCUUGAGUUGGGGGUCUCUUGGAAACAACCUCUCUACUUUUAGUAGGGGUAAGGUCUGCGUACACACACCCUCCGCAAGUUGUUGUUGUUGUAAUCAUUACAUUUGGCCACUUCUCGCCGCUAGACUGCCUCAGAGUAGACAACUGUAAUCUUUAUAACCAUAAGCACUUUUAUCGGUAAUCUAGCAAGAGUUUUUACAAUUGGAAACUAUGUCAAUUAGUGCUAAUGUAUCAAUACUAUCUGCAAAUGAUUUAGCUAACCAGAAUGCCUACAUUCUUGAUUGCUUCAGGUAUCUUUUAUGCUGGAUACUUUUGCGAUGGCUUUAGCUUUUGCUACCUUUGCCACUUCAUACAAGUAUACAACAACAAUAACAACAACCCCAAAAAAAUUCCACAAGAGUUGAGUCUGGGGAGGAUGUGUGCACGUAGACCUUGGCACCUUGCCUUACUUGGAAGUAGAGAUGCACCUUUACUGCUUCAUAAAUCAUUAAAAUCUAGUGAUGUGACUGACUUGCUGAACAUUAAAAUACAAUACAACAACAUUACCCUUGUGCCUCAAAGGCUCCCACCCAUUUGGGGGGGGGGGGUUGGAUGUAUGACUAAGAGUUACUCCAAUAUCAAAAGAAGCACCUAUAAUAUAAGAACCAUUUUGAUUUAUUUGCUCUUACUCCAAAGCCAAAUAAUAGUGGAUAUUUAGAUCCUUCGGUGAAGAUGGAAGUUGAACAUCAGAAUAGAAUCAUUACAUAAAAUUUAGUUGUGAAUCUUGUUUACUAAUGGUGGGGUUGUGGAUGCAGCAGUGGGAUCUAGGGUAGUAGAGAGUGAGUGUCGUAGGAAGGGCAGUGACUGGAUUCCGGCAGGUUGCCAGAUGGAUUGAGCAGAUUCAUCCUUUUACCUUGCUCCUCUUGGUGGUCUUUAUAUGCCAGCAUUUGCAAGCUUCACCCAGUUUUAUCCGAUUUCUUCUAGUAUGUUUAACUUAUUCCCAAUUCAAGAAUUGAGCCUUAGCCAAAAAUACGUCCAUCCACGCAAAUCGCUGGUCAGCAAUUGGCACCCCGGAUGACCGCAUCCUUGCAUUAGCCAACUUAGUGAGACGCUACGCCACAACUUAACGCCGCCGCCGCCUCCGGCAUUGCUCUAGCAGUUCGCUGCUCCAGCCUCCAGACACCUUCAGUGCUUCGCAUUUGCUGCUAGAGGCUCUUCCUAAAAUCUCAAUUCUCAAUGAAAGACUUGGGAGCCGUAUGUGCAAUGGAAGCAAGUAUAAUUUCUAGCAAGAUAGUUCCUCCCUGUGCUCAUAGCGACAUGGGACAAGGGAAGAAGAAUGAUGUGUGUAUGCGCUUCAUGAAUAUCAUUAAACAUGAUGUUUAUGUUGAAUGGUUCAAACUUGACAUUAGCAGUGGGGAUUUAUCUUCGACUUUCGAGCUGAAGACCACAGAUAUUGCCUAUGCAAGUUCCAGUGUCGUUACCUUGGGCUCUGUCAUCUAUGUUAUUGGUGGUUUGAAACUUAUUGGUGAUGAAAGCCCACGCGAUGUUUAUUAUUUUGACAGUCCACCCUGAAUAUCGUUGGUGCAGAGCCGCUUCUUAGUUGGCGCCUAGGUCCUUGCCUUAUUCCCUUCUUUUCAAUGGCAAGAUUUAUGUCUUUGGAGGAGGCUUAUACUAUGGUCCCUUUGCUGAGGUUUAUGACCCACUCAAAAACUCAUGGGAAGCCUUGCCUAGUCCACCUGAUGCUUUAGGAAUAAAAAAGCAUAUUCAUCCCUUUCAUUCUAUGUUUGACUGAUUCUGGUGGUUGUUCUAAUCCAAGAGUUCUGCUCCAAUCUUGUAAAACCAAUGCCCUCCAUGCUUAUCAUUUUGGUAAUAGAAGAUGGUCCAAGGUCGAUGAUUCCAAAUUGGGUGAAGUCCAUUCCCAGGCUAUAGUAGUGGAUGAUGUGUUGUUUAGUUUUUCAUCCGAUUGGGAAUCAAUAUCAAUGCAUGCUUUCUGUUUGCAGAGUAACAUAUGGCUGCCCUGCUCUUUCAAGGAACCACAUAUAAUUCUUUAUCCUGGUUAUGUAAAGCUUGUUGAUUUGGGAAAGGGCAGGAUAAUUUUGGUUUGGUGUAGUCUUGAAGAAAUACACAAAUCGACUUUGGUAUGUGUGACGGUAAGAGUUGAAGUUCUUAGGGAUGAUGCACGGGUUCCUAUCAGUGUUUCCGCAACCCAAGAGUCUGUGGCUUAUUUUCCACUUGAACGAAAAGUAUCUCCCCAAAACAUGGUUUGUGUUCUAGGUAAUACUCUGUAAUUUUUAUUUUCCACUAAUCUCUUUUUUUCCCUUGUACUUGUAUGUUAUUUUAAUUUGGGUAUGAAAUUUCUAAUUU